AUGAAUAACAUUGGUCAUGCUUGGUAUCAAAAGGGUGACUAUCAGCGCGCGCUUCAAUGGUUCGAUUCGGCAUUAGCUCUUCAGCAGCAAGAACCGGCAUUGCCUUAUCAUAUAGCCAUGACAAUGAACAACAAAGGUGUAUUGCUCAUGAUGGCUGGGAAAUGGGAGCCAGCGCUUACUGCAUUUGAGCAUGCAGCGGAUAUCACGACUCGAAUAAAUUAUUAUGAUGAUUUAGCGAACGUUCUUCACAAUAUGGGUGCGAUCAAAGAUCAAAUUGGAGAAUAUGAUGCGGCUCUUAACUUGUAUCAGCGAUCAAGUGAAGCUUUAAAACUAGCUGGUAUUCCUGAUGAUCAUCUGCAGGUGGCUGAACUGAAAAUGAAAAUCGCCUUUGUCUAUAUAAAUCAAGCAAGAUGGGCAGAUGCACUCGACACUCUACACAAAGUAAAAGAAAUCCGCGAACGAAUAUUGCCUGCCUCUCAUGCUGAUAUGGGCCGCACAUGGUUUACAAUGGGCAUUGCUCUUCGUUCUCAAGAACGUUACGACGAAGCAUUUGAUCAUAUGAAGCGAGCAUUGGCGAUUUAUGAACAUGCGUAUAGUCAUGGCCAUCCACACACUGCCAAUACAUACAAUUCCAUGGCUAACUUGAAAGCAGUACAGAGCCAGUAUAACGAAGCACUACCUCUUUACGAACAGGCAAAAGAACAAUUUCGACAGUUCUAUGGAACUGAUGAACAUUCCGACAUUGCUCGCGUACUUAAUAAUAUGGGUCAAGCGCACCGCCAUCUUGGUAACUUAUCAAAAGCUUUGGAUUAUCUCCAGAAAGCUUUAAAAAUGAGACAAGACACACUGGGAAUCAAUCACCCUGACACAGCUACCACAUGGGUUAAUUUAAGUUUAGUCUAUCGAGCUAAAGGUGAUUUGAAAAUUGCGCUUGAACAUGCGCAACAUGGUCUGAAUAUUCGACGAGCUAAAUUACAAUCGGAACACGAAGACCUCGUGGAAAUAGAAAAUUUUGUCGUUCAACUCGAGCAGGAGAUUCUUGCUCUUGAUCACAUACAAAUCACAUGA